AUGAGUGUGCACCGUAAACAUCUGGUACCCAUCAGCUCCGCCCGUGGAGGGCUGGCGAGACCAUCUGCAGGCACGUACAGUAGCUUCUCUCUGGGUUCGUACCCCCGCGCAUCGACGGCACCGCGUGCCAGACCCGGGAGCAGCGCGCUGGGGGUUCCCAUCAGAGCAGUGUCCGUGAACAAAAGCCUCCUGACCCCUGUCAACGUGCAGGUGGACCCAACUGCACAGGCUGUGCGCACGCAAGAGAAGGAGCAAAUUAAGACCCUCAACAACCGCUUCGCCUCCUUCAUAGACAAGGUGCGUAUCCUGGAGCAGGAGAAUACGAUGCUUGAAACCCAGUGGAAGUUGUUGCAGACUCAGACUAAGGCAGACUCCAAGCUUGAUCCCAUGAUGCAACACUACAUCAGGAGUCUCAAGAGCCAGCUGGAUGCUGCUGACAGGGACAAGAAACUUCUGGAAGCCGAGCUGAGUGAGGCUCACAGACGUGUGGAGGAGAGCAAGCAGAGGUAUGAGGAUGAAAUCAAUAAAAGAAACACAGCAGAAAAUGAAUUUGUUCUUCUAAAGAAGGACGUUGAUUCCGGUUACCUGAGUAAAUCAUCACUGGAGGACCAAAUGGCUGCUGUUCUUGAUGAUCUGAAAUUUUUAAAGAGCUUCUAUGAUCAGGAACUGCUUGAACUGAAGGAGGACCUGAAGAGCACAUCGGUGGUGGUGGAGAUGGAUAACAGCAGACAGCUGAACAUGGAGCAGAUUGUGUCUGAUGUCAAGCACCAGUAUGAAGACAUUUCAAAACGCAGUCGACAGGAAACGGAGGAGUGGUACAAGAACAAAUUUGAACUGGCCUCGUCCAAGUCUGAGCAGUAUAAGACCGAGCUGCAAGGUGCUAAGACCCAAAUCGCAGACCUGAAGCGCGCAAUCAUGCGCUUAAAGAACGAAAUGACAUCCAUCAAAGGACAGUGUGAUGUAGUGGAUGGACAGGUCUGUGAGGCGGAGGACCGCGGCCAAAGGUCGGUGAAGGACGCCCAGCAUCAGAUUGAUGAGCUGGAGGCAGCGCUGCAGACAGCCAAGAAAGACAUGGCUAAACAAGUCCGCGAUUACCAGGAACUGAUGAAUCUCAAACUAGCCCUUGACAUUGAAAUCGCAACUUACAAGAGACUGCUGGAGGGAGAGGAGAAAAGGUUAAAUCAGGAUUCCGUAAUCAGCGUUCAGACUGUUCCCAAACAGAGCCUCAAAAUCCAAAAACCUGCCCCUGGACACAAAGUUCUGAUUAAGAUGGUCCAAACUCAGGAUGAAGUCAUUUCAAAAGGGCAACUGCAAUAA